ACAGCGUUUGGUGUUGAUUCGAGCGGGAAGAGGGGGGUGGGUGGGAUCGGAGGGGGAGACCAUGACCUCCAGCUACGGGCACGUUCUGGAGCGGCAACCUGCGCUGGGCGGCCGCUUGGACAGCCCGGGCAACCUCGACACCCUGCAGGCGAAAAAGAACUUCUCCGUCAGUCACCUGCUAGACUUGGAGGAAGCCGGGGACAUGGUGGCGGCGCAGGCGGACGAGAGCGUGGGCGAGGCGGGCCGGAGCCUGCUGGAGUCCCCGGGACUCACCAGCGGCAGCGACACUCCACAGCAGGACAAUGACCAGCUGAACUCUGAGGAAAAGAAGAAGAGAAAGCAGCGGAGGAACCGGACGACCUUCAACAGCAGCCAGCUGCAGGCUCUGGAACGCGUCUUCGAGCGGACACACUACCCGGACGCCUUCGUGCGAGAGGACCUCGCCCGCCGGGUGAACCUGACUGAGGCCAGAGUGCAGGUGUGGUUUCAGAACCGAAGAGCCAAAUUCCGCAGGAAUGAGAGAGCCAUGCUGGCCAACAAAAAUGCUUCCCUCCUCAAAUCCUACUCAGGGGACGUGACUGCUGUGGAGCAGCCCAUUGUACCUCGUCCUGCUCCAAGACCCACUGAUUAUCUCUCCUGGGGGACGGCCUCUCCGUACAGCGCCAUGGCCACUUACUCUGCCACAUGUGCCAACAAUAGCCCUGCACAGGGCAUCAACAUGGCCAACAGCAUUGCCAACCUGAGACUGAAGGCCAAGGAAUAUAGUUUACAGAGGAACCAGGUGCCAACAGUCAACUGAGGAAAAAAAAAUAAUUAAGCAGGCCUAAGAAGAAAUCAAAAACCAUAAGACACCUAUCCUGCUCUGUUAUUUCUUCAUCUGCUGGAAAAAAAAUAAAUAAAAACAAACAAACCAAAACCUGAACUAAAAUAUUGGGACCAUGGCAGAGAAAAGCAGGAGAGGAGCAAAAUGAAAAUUAGUUAAUCAAUGUUUCUCCUCCCUCUGGGAUACCACCACCACUUGUUUCUGUGUGUGUUAAUUUUGUUUUUCCUUCUUUUCAUGCGCUUUGCUUUAAUAUACUCCAAGCUUCUUCAGUUAGGUUCAGCCCACCCACCCCCAUGAUUAUAUGGGUUAAAAAACAAACUACAGCAGCCAAAGAAAUCAUAUAUAUAUUCAGAACAAUCGUCUAUAGUCUCCUCAGUGACCUGUUUGAACUUCAGUGCCUUACCCUUUCCUUCUUCCCAGUUUUCUGUAUAGAAGCUCUAGGAACUUCUGGAAAGCCAAAGUCUUUCUGAAGACUCUUUGCCAGACAUGAUGCCCUUUCUCAUCGUCUCCAUUUCUGUCAGUCAUGGUAUGGCUUUUCCAUCAGCUACUGUUAAAAAGGCAAUCAUGUACCACAUCUGGUCACUGGCUUAGCAGAUCCAAUGUGAUUGGCUAUGUCUGGCUAGUUCUAAGCUCUAAGCUGUAGAUCUAAGCUCUAUAUAUAAGGUAUAGAUUUAAGCUCUAAGCUGUAGAUGAUAAUAUCACCACCACCACCACCCCUCACCCCCAUCUGAGCAAUCAGCCAUCUUAAGUUAAAGAUAUUUGUUGUUUUUUAAUGAUUUGCUGUCACGGGCUAUUUGAUAGAAGAAAUAUAUUUCACUUGAGAGAGGGAGAGAAAUUUCUCUAGAAAACAAAGACUGAGUUGUGAAAGGCAUGGCCUACAUCUCUUUAGUGCCUUAAGGGUAGUCAGAUGCACACUUAUAUAUAUACUGUAUAUAUUUAUAUAUUUUAUAUAUAUAUAUAAAAUAUUCUUGCAAGCUUGAGUUUGCAGUUUCUCAAACACUACAAAAAGCAAGUUUCACACCAUCACCACUGUCCUUAUCUCUACAGUGAUGAGAUGUUUUUAGGGAUCUUGUUUCCUUUCUUUCUCUACAUAAAAUUCUCAUCAAGGCCACAGAGCAAUCGAUAGGGUAUCUGUUUGAGACCAGUUCGCAUUUUCACAUUUGGGCUUUAAAUAAAUCAGAGCCUAUUUGAGGCUCUAACAGUGUUUUGAGUUUGGAGCCUGAGCUCUGGUGGAAUGGGGAUAGAUCCUAAUACCUCAUGGGAAUUACACUUAGAGGAUGGAAAGCCAUGUAGUCAUCUGCCCCUUCUUGACAGGAGCCUGAAAGGCACAUGGUUAAAUAGACUACUUAAAGGUUUGUCUAAAUUCCAAAAAUGGAAAAGGCAACUGUGGGCCCUUCUUUUUCUAAUACGGUAUUUUGAAAUAAAGUUUAGUGCCUAGGGCUGUGAGCCAGGACUGACCUGUCUUGGUUUGUUUCUUUUUGUCUCCAGCUGUGCUUUGGUAACUUGUCAGGUGGACUAGACCAAACUACACCACCAUGCCGUGCCUCAGUUUACCUUUUUUGUAAAAUGGGUUUAACAAUACUUACCUACCUCACAGGGGUGUUGUGAGGCUCCUUUCAUUUGCUCCUUCAUUCUUUCCUGUUUUCUCUGUUUGUGCAGCACUUUGUAGCCACGGGAGGAAAGGGACUAUAAAAGUACACAACGUUAAUGAAAGACAUGGUACCCGGAAGCCUUCUUUCCUAGCAAGGCAAUGCUACCUUGCCGUAAAUACUUACAGCCUUGUAUUUAGAAAUGAGAGAUAGGUUUAUAUUUACCGACCUAUCAAAAAACACAUCACUUGACCAAAGACUAAUUUAAGAUACACACAUUUGUGACAUAUUUUUGACCUAUUUUUAUUCUUACCAGGUUGGUCUGUAACUAAAAAGCUUUAGAUUGGUUUUGGCCAAAUAUGCCAAUGCUGGGUGACAGGCAAGGACUAAGAUGCACUUUCUGCACACAUUUGCUAUCCCUUCAACCUAUCAAGUUGAGCGAAUGGUGGUGGGUUUUUUUUCCCGCUAAACAGCCACCGAUCUGAAAAUGUAAUUUGAGUGUUGAUUCUGUACUUCUUUUAACAAAGAGAAGGAAGCCCAUCGCAUGCAUUUUGCUUUCAUCAGCUGAUCCUCUCUUCUUUUAACACACUAUUAAAAUAUUUCUUACAGAUGUUUCAUGUAGGCUGGCUGAACACCACAUAUUACUUGCUUCCUUAAGAGUCCCUCAAUGAAUUCUUCUGUCCCACUAGCUGCUGCGGAUUAUGAAGAUUCAAAGGAACAGUGUGGUCCAACAGAUUAAAACAUUCUUUGUGAAAUGAGUACAAUCCAAGACAUUGGUGAACUCUUGGAGUUUGGGCUUUGGGGAGAAGAGCUACAAGUGAGUUUGGGUGAUAGUGCAGGGAACAGAAGUCACACAUGACAGGGUGUUGCUAGGAUGGGGGAGUCUUCGAAGAGGGUGUAAAGGGGUAGAAGGUCAUGUGAAACAAAGUCAUUUGAAGCUCUUAUCCUGACACACUCAUUUUUAGCAGUGAACAGAAAACCCCAAACCCGAAACCUGAAUGCUCUAUGAAAGUGGGCUUUUACUGCCCGUGCAUGGGAAGCACUGUCUGAGAGUAUCCAAAAUUAGCGAUAUCUGAGAGUAUCCAAGAAUAUCCGAGAUCAGUCAUAGGAAUUUUCAUGGAUUGUGAAAGCAUCUAUUAUUUAAGCAUCCGAUCAAGAAGUAUACACACGGGACAAACACUCAGUAUUUCUCAUUUAUUAUUGAUUUUUUUAAAGUAGAAGUCUGACAAAUGAUUUAGAGGAGUAGCCUUUUGUCUUCCAAGCCACGUCUCAACAGAGGGUCUCAGGACCACAAAGUUCCAAGUUAUACCCCUGUUCCUUACCAUCAUUAUACCCAGAUGCAGAUGAAUACAUACAAGCUAUCUGUGUCCCCAAUCCCUCCGCAAACAAGAUGCUGAUUUGUAGGAUACUUGGCAAACCAGAAGAGGUGAUUGAAUUAAAAAAGGGAAUGACACUUAAGGUAUAAAGAUCUCAUAAGAAAUGUAAUAUGUAAAUUAUAUCUUGCUUUAUGAUGUAAAAUAUACAUUGUUUG